GUAUCUGGCGGAGCGUCCCUGCUGAAACUGGGUGGAUGUUUGGAAAGUCGUGUGGAGAACAUGGAAGAAACAAAUCGAUUCACAAGCCUUGUUUAUAUUCUGCGUUUUUGACUGGCAGAAGGGGCAGCGGGAACUUUACUUUGAACUGCAACGCAAAUCUCAUUGAUUUUGAAAAGCCCCAAUAGAAGAGGAACCGGGCCUUCUGCUGUGUUUGCAGGCGCAGCUGCAUCAUGCAUCAGUUACCGCUGGCUGUUUGCCUGCUGCUGUCUCUGCUGAGUGUAGACUCAUCCAAGAAGGGACGCAACUUGACUAUCCAUUCCUCACAGCUCAGCUGCAGUCUGCCAGGCCCUCAGGGGCCCCCCGGGAGUCCAGGUUCAGCAGGUCCCAGCGGAGGAAUGGGCAAGAUGGGUAUGCCAGGUGUUGAUGGGCAGGAUGGCGAGGAUGGAGACGGGGGUGAAAAGGGAGAGAAGGGUGAGCAGGGCCGUCCUGGAUACCCCGGCAAACAUGGACCACUGGGACGGCCAGGACUAGUUGGAAAGGCAGGUGUAAGGGGCCCAAAAGGUGUGCGAGGGCCUCCUGGAGUGUCCGGAGCUGCUGGGGUCAAAGGAGAACCGGGAGAUGUCGGAGAAAUCGGUCCUCCCGGAGGCUGCGACUGCGGAGCCGAAGCACGAUCUGCUUUCUCGGUUGCUGUGACCAAGAGUUAUCCUAAAGAACGAACUCCCAUCCGCUUCAACAGAAUAUUAAUGAACGAGGGCGGACAUUACAACGCCACCAGUGGCAAGUUUAACUGCGUUAUUCCCGGUGUUUAUUACUUUACGUAUGACAUCACGUUGGCGAAUAAACACCUGGCAAUCGGACUCGUCCAUAAUGGUCAAUACAAGAUCCGAACAUUCGAUGCAAACACCGGAAACUAUGAUGUGGCCUCGGGAUCGACGAUUCUCCGGCUGCAGAAAGGAGAUCAGGUGUGGCUUCAGAUCUUCUACUCAGAGCAAAAUGGACUGUUUUUCGAUCCAUUCUGGACUGACAGCCUUUUCACGGGAUUUCUCAUUUUUGCUAAUCAGGCUGAGCCACCGAAUGAGGUGAAGAAGAUGAUGAACAAUUCUGGAUCAUCUUGAUUUUGGGUUUAAAACGAAACACUCAACACUCAACAAUUAAAGGAACACUCAUGUUAGUGCGAAAUAGACCCAUUUUACAACUCCCCAAGAGUCAAACAUUUUGACCUAUUUUUUUUAAUCCAUUCAGUCAAUCUGGCGAGAGCACUUUUAGCUUAACUUAGUGUAGCCCCGCCGGUCCUACACCACCCAACUCGCUCCGAGCUGGUAUCGAACCGGUGACCUUCCGCAUGGGAGUCGGGUGCUCUACCAAGGAGGCUAAAGACCAUGGCCGCUAGCAUCUGUCGCUAGAGCACCUUUAGAGGUCAGAGGAGUGAGGUUUACCUGCACAGCACUCACUAGCUUGCCUCCGUUACAUUAGCAUUGAUUUGAAAUAGACCAUCAAUUCAAUUUAGCUAAAAAAAAAAUCAAAAAAGUGUUCUUAUUUAAAACUCUUCUGUAGUUACAUCGUGUACUAAAACUGAUGGAAAAUUAAAAGUUGUUAUUUUCUAGACCAGGCGUCAGGAACCUUUUUUCAGCAAAGAGCCAUUUCGAAUUUUUUUGGCAAAUGCAUUUUUUUAAAGAGCCAUUAGGGAUAUAUAUAAAGCAUCACAUGUUGAGCAAGUCCAUGUAUUAAUAAAGGACAAUUUGUAGAAUUUCUUUCUUUUCACCACUCAUGAACAUUAAUUGUUUGUAUUUUAUGGCGCAAGGUUACCACAGAAAUGUAAAUGGCAUGCCCUUUAUUGGUGUCGCGAUUCACAGCACACGCGCAUUGAUUAAAACGUCCUUUUAUUCUUAUUCAUUUUGCUGUAAAAAUAUACAAUAAAAAGGUCAUUUUAAUUGUAUUUUCAAAAGGAAACUGAUUUUUAGUGACAGUUAUUAUUUUUUAUUGAAGGGAGACAGCUGGAGAGCCACAUAUUUUUGGUCAAAGAGCCACAUGUGGCUCCCGAGCCAUAGGUUCCCUACCCCUGUUCUAGACUGAUAAGGCUAGGUAUCAUUCCGGCGUACUAAUCAAGGAACUUUGCUGCUGUACCAUGUCUGCAGUAGGCACAAUGAUGAUAUGCAGUGCUAUUACCUUGUUAUUUAGCUGCGGACUAAUUUCAGGCGCUGUGAAAUAUCAUUGCGAAAUGUUACCGUAUGUUCACACUGCUGCCAGCGAGACCAUCAAAGUAGCCAGAAGUCAUUCACUUUCAACAGUGUGGACAGUGUGACCAUUAAGAAGAAUGGAAAUCAAGUCAACUUUAUAGUAAUUAACUAUGACUGGUUUCGGCAACAAACCUCAAUAGUAUCUGUUUACGGACUGCAAGAGAUGGGCAUCAAAUGAAGGGCUUUACUUGUAGUAGAGGCGUAACUUAAAGUUAUCGAGAUCCCAUUGAACCAUGCAAGAUGUCACAACGAGAUGGUGGAAAAAUUCUUUCCCGAGAACAAUUUCAGCAAAUGUUUUCAUGCGUUUGCUCCAAAUUGAUCUACAACCUAUUCAUUUGAUACAUUAUUAAAUUAAUUCAUUUAGCAACUCCACACACUCACUUUCUCACCCGUUUUGUCAUGGCAGUUGGUCUACUCUGUAUCGCCCCCUGUUGUUGCAAAUAACAGUACAAUGGUGAGCACAUCGAGUUGAAACUGAAAGCCUCCACAACUAGGGUUGGAGUUUUUGUAGAUGUUUCUAACUGUGAGGGUUGGAGUAGGUGUAGACGUUUAUAACUGUGAGGAUUGGGUUUAGGGUUGGAGUAGGUGUAGACGUUAAUAACUGAUGGGUACAGUGCCAUCUUAUCGACAAUAUAGUUUAAACGUGGGUCUCAAUAACUUCAAGUAAAGCCUCUACUACAAGUUAUGCCCCCAUUAUGUUAUGCCCCUCUCUUGCAGUCUGCAGACAGACCCUAACUGAAUGUACAAGUCCACCGCUUGAGGGGAUUCCAGAGAAUGGAGUCCAAUAAACUUUGGUUCCGACUACAUUAGUUCACUAGCAAAAUAAAACCAGAGGUUGAUUAAUGCUUUGCGGGUUUCCCAGUUUGUAAUGAAAGAUGCAGACACAGUAACGUCACUGUGAAGACCAAGGUUAUUAAAUGUGUUCUAUGAACAGCAUGUUGAAAUAGGACUUGCACUUAAAAAUGGACACAAAACCCUCACUGCACUGCUUUUAACUGGUAUGUAAACAUGUUCGAUUGUCAGAGAGUCAACAGCAGAGUUUGAGCUAGUGACGUUAUCGCCAGCAGAGGUGUGAAUGCAUGAUUAGUUUUGGGUCUUGACCCUGAUUGUCAUUGUUAUCAAAUGAUCCCUGAAAUCAGUGUUUAAAGACUCUCCACAUCAGUAUUAGAACAAAAGGACAAAGCACAGACAAGAGAAAGAGUGUUGUGGAGUGAUGCACUUAUAAGAGAUUAACGUGAUCUGCCCAGACGAUUGAUCCCAAUCUCAGGCCCCAAAAAUCAAAACAACCUUUCACCACAAUGGACCUUUAGCCACGUUGUUCUCUUUGAUACUGGACACACAUAACCUUUGAUCUUGAACAGGUCCGUUAAUGUUAAUGAUCCUGUUAAUGACUGUUUUUUUUUCUAUUUCUGUUGUUUAUUUGCUAUUUACAGCUAAUCUUGUAUUUCACUCCGGUUCAAAGGUUUACUAUGGCCUUGUCCUGUUGGCACAUGUUAGAGGAGAUCUGUCCAAAACCCUAUAAAUCUGAAGGAACAUUUUGACCAAA